AUGGAGCUGGUGCGAGAUGCUAUUCGCCGCCUGCGAUUGGGCUUCCUCCAGACCCUCUUCAUCAAGUGGUUCGGUCUGGUAAGCUACUCGGGGGAUGAGAACGGGAAGGAGGUGGGGAAUUCGCCGGAAGAACCAACGGAGAACUCAAUUCUCAAGGAGAAUUUGGCUGAUCUGCGAGCUGAGAAUGCAAAGCUCAAACUCAAGGUGGACAAACUCGCGAGGAUCGUGACGAUGAGGAGGAUGAGCGAGAACGAUUCGCAAACUGUCAAUCAGGAUCAGCUUCUGGCCCUCGCCAGGAACGCCAUGGCGCGGGAGCGGGAGGAUGCGACUCUGCACAAGCUUGUCGAUACGAUCGUUCAGUCAGCGUAUCAUCUCCUCAUGCCGCGGAGGAUAACAGCUCUGCAGGCCCAGCGGAUCUCUGUGUUUGUACAGGAUGACGUGAACCAGGAGCUCUGGCUGGCUGCCUCCGAUGAUGCGGUCGGGCUGCGGAUCCCCAACAACAAGGGCGUGGCUGGCAUGGUCGCACGGACGAUGCAACCCAUCAACAUCCCCGACUGCCAGCAAUCUUCGCUCUUCGACCCUGCAGCUGACCAGAUGACCGGGUUUGUGACGAAGACGAUGAUCUGUGUUCCCAUCACGUGGAACGGGUAUUACCUCAUCGGAGUUUUCCAAGCUUUGAACAAGCAAGACAAUGUGAGGAGGAGGGGAAACAGGCAGAGGGCCAGGGAAGGCGAGGGAGGCAGAACGAGGGAUGGGGGGCUGGGAGGGCCAGGGAGAGGACAGGAGGGCGUACAAGCUGGACUGGCAGCACUGAGAGUAGGCGAGCAGGAGGGAAACAUUAUCCCGUUCACCGAGUACGACAUGGAUAUGCUGAACAUCCUCUCGAAGGUCGCUGCAACUCGCUCCUACCUCCUCCGGACGAGCGGCAUCCUCCCUGUCGGAGGAAGACAAACGCCAGGCCUCCUUCUUGCAGAGUUUCUACCAGUCUCCUUCCCGUGUGGACAUGCGCCGGGGAUCCUCUACAGAGACGGAGAAGAAAACCGUCGCAGAUCAACCGUCUUCUGCGUGCCUGAGGGCUUUCAGUUGACGCAGACAGGAGCGUUGGCGUCGGAGCUCUCAUGGGACUUCAACGUUUGGGACAGGACCGAGGACCAGCUCGUCGUCUAUGCGGUGGACAUCUACAAGUCUUCGGGUCUUUCCGAUCACUUCAACAUCAAGGACGACGUGCUUCUCCAUUUCAUCCUCGAUGUGAAAAGACAGUACAAUCACUGCCCGUUCCACAACUUCCGACAUGCAUUCGCGGUCAUGCAGACGCUCUACGUUGUGUUGCGGGACACAGCAGUGACAGACUACUUGACGGAUAUUGACAAGCUCGCGCUUAUCACCGCGUCACUCUGCCAUGACGUCGACCACCCUGGGGUAACCAACGACCUACUCGUCAAGACGGAGUCUGACCUCGCGCUCCUCUAUAACGACUGCAGCGUGCUUGAGAAUCACCAUUGUACCACCACCUUCAAGAUCCUUCGGCGACCUCAAAGUAACAUCCUUGCCAGCCUCGACAAGGAAGACUUUGCGCAGGCACGUCGAGCUCUGCGGGAGGAUGAGGAUGAUAGUGGAAGGGAAGAAUACCGAUGGUGA